GUUAAAAAAAUUAAGAAGCUUUGUUCAAUUCUUUUAAUUAUUGUAAUUAUUAUUUAAUUUACUGUUAUAAAUUGUUAUUGGAUGUCUAUUAUUGUUGGUUCUUAAUUUUUUUGUAUUAAUCAAUAUGAGCAGAUGUGCUCAAUUUUCACUGGUUGCGUGAAUAUAUAUAACGAAAUAUACAGCAAUCAAUCCAUGACUUAUUGUGUAUGUUAGACAUGUCCUAAUGAAAAUUACGUUUGUAUCGCUGUGCUAAAAUGGCUAGUAUUAUAAAUCAUUGUAGACUAUGCGCGAAGAAAGAAGAAUUAUUAAAAGAUUUGUUGGAUGUAAACAAUAAGAGUGUAUUUAAAUCAAUACAAGAUUUUAUACAGAUAGCUGUUGUAGAAAAUGAUGUACUCCCGACUAAAAUAUGCUUAAAUUGUGAAGAAAAAAUAGUAUCAUUUCAAUUAUUCAUUUUGGAAUGUUACAAGGCCCAAGAUACCCUUAAAAGUAUAUAUUUAGACAAUUUUAACAUAAAGCAUGAAGAUGAGUCACUCCUUUAUAACAGUUCUGUUAUAAAGUCAGAGGUCAAAGAUGAAUUUACUCCAGAAGAUAUUGUUUUAGAUCACAUUGAUACUCGGAUAUCAGAGUAUGAUGGAGCAGACUUUUCUGAAUUUGAUGAUCACAAAAAUGAUGAUUCUGAUGAAGAUCCUGAUAAUAUUACAUUAGCCUCUCUGAAAAAAGAAAAAAGAAAACGUAUUAAGAAAAAAACAAUUAGUGAAGAAGAUGCUGCAGAUUUUAAAGAGCUUUUAAAGAAAUCUUAUUUAAAAGCAAAUGACUUUGUCAAAUUACACUGUGACAUGUGUGAUGUUAAAAUGAAAUCAUGGAGUGAGUUGACAGUCCAUUAUGGGAAAAUACAUAAGAGCAAACCAUAUUUGAAUUGUAUCUGUGGAUAUGUAAUUAACUCUAAGAGUGUACUUUAUAAGCAUGUUUCGGAUCACAAGUUAGAGAGUAGGAAGUUACACAACACAUCUCAAGAUAUUGGAAAACCGUCAAAUGUUAAUUACUCUUCACUCAAAAUACGUGAUUUUGUAGACUUUACAUGUAAUAUUUGUAAGAAAAAAUAUACCAGUUGGUACAGUUUAAAGUCACAUACGUCACAAAGACACAAGAUAAUGCCGAUUGUAAAAUGCAUUUGUGGUAUAACACUUAAAUCUAAAUCUGUACUCUAUAAACAUAUACAAGACCAUAGGAAUCCGAACGUUUUAAGUUGUGACAAAUGCCCUAGAAUAACGAAGACUAUAGAAGCUUUAAAUAAACACAAAAUGAGACAUAUUCCAAAAUCUGAAAGAAAGUUCUACUGCAAUUCAUGUGACAAAGUGUUCAAUACAAAGGAUGGUUUAAAAUCUCACUCGAAAUCCCAUAUACCAGUUGAAGAAAGAAAAAUUUAUCAUUGUGAUGUAUGUGAUCUGAAAUUCACGACAAGAUCUUCGGCUGCAUCACACAAACGCGUGGUGCACGACAAAAUCAAAAGCUACAUAUGCGAUCUGUGCGGCUACGCUUGCGGCACUAGCGGCGAAUUACGCCAACAUCGAGCUAUACACAGUGACGACAAACCCUACGUGUGCGGAAAGUGCUUUAAGCCAUUUAAAACACAUUCAAAUCUGAAGACUCACAUUGAUACACAUGAAGAUACAUCGUACACGUGCGGAGUUUGUAACCGCGUCCUUAACAGCCGACGCACUCUGAGGAAACAUUUGCUGGUUCACGAGGAAAAAUGUAGACAUGUCUGCUCAUACUGUCAUAAAGCUUUUAAAAGAAGUCAGACUCUGAAGGUUCACCUAUAUACUCACACGGGCGACAAGCCACUGUCUUGCAAGUGGUGCAACGAGCGGUUCGCUUAUGCGUCAACACUACGUUCACAUCGGCUUCGUUGCCACCCGGACAAGCUGGCUCAACCUGCCCACACAUACCAGCCGUACCGGCACCUUUCCACUCAGCAGGAUUAUAUCAAGAAUGACUUAGCGGUUAUUAACGGAGCAAAAAAUGAAACAGAGGCUAUGUAAAUCUAGAUCACCAGUUCGCUUAAGUUAAGUAGCUCGUCUGUAUUGUACUUAUACAUUCUCUUUACUUAAAACAAUGUAUAUAGUAAGUACCACACAAAUUGAAAGAUAAUAAAGCUA